AUGGCGCCUGGCGCAGGUCGCGAGUUCGUCUGUACUUGGGAGCAAUGCGGCAAGUCCUUCAACCGCAAGUCAGAUCUCUGCAGACACUACCGAAUACACACCAAUGAACGCCCGUAUCAUUGCACCGUAAAGGACUGCAAUAAGAGUUUUAUCCAACGCAGUGCGUUGACUGUCCAUUCGCGGACCCACACGGGUGAAAAGCCUCAUGUCUGCGAUCAUGAAGGUUGCAAGAAAGCCUUCUCUGAUUCUUCGAGCCUGGCUCGUCAUCGGAGGAUUCAUACGGGAAAGCGACCCUACAUUUGCCAGGAACCAGCUUGUGAUCGGAGUUUCUGCAGGAAGACAACCCUGACCAAGCACCAACAUCGUUCCCAUCACGCGGGGACGGUGACCCGACCGUCAUCCGACGAUGGUCUGUCCGAACACUCGUACCACGCGCCAAUUUCAGUUUCAAUGCCCAAUGAACAACACACCCAACCACCGCAGCACCACCAGUACCUGGUUCAAGUGCAGCAACAGCCCUUCUACCAUCCGCAACCCACUACGCCAACCCAUGAAUUCUAUCCGCAGCCUAAUCUUCAAAUGACCCAUGUUCCCCAGCAAAACCAUCAAUCCAUCGUCCCUCAGAAUCCCCCCGUCACUUCAUCUGUGGAAGUGCAGCAUGCGCAACAGUACAUGCAGUUCAUGCGACGAUACGACCAGAACAAUCAGGAAUAUAUCCCCCCGGAAUUCCAUCAACCACCGUUCACAACCCAUGCAAUGACUACCGGACUUCCCAUCAUGGUCUCCUACGGUGACGUUGAAUAUAAGCCGGCUGUGGCACCUCGGGUUCUCAACCCGCACGAAGGAACCGACUGGGGAUUCCUUGGUGUUGGUUGA